AGUUCUUUGAGGCGAUUAAUGCGUAACUAAUGUCAAUAGAAAACAUGAGAACUUGCAUACCAUGUCAUUCUGUUCAGCUGGAGGCCUGGAUGGGCUGUCCCCAUUCAAUUACUGUUCGAGGUUUGCCUCACAGCUAACCCAUUUCAAAAUGCGUCACGGCAAUAUGCGACUCCUUUUUUCGCUUUGCUUUGUUCUCGGAGCCACAGGCUUUAGUCUUUUUGAUCGACAAACUUCGUACGUUGAAUUUGAACGAUUGCGCGCUAGUACAGAUGGCAGAUUCGGUGUUAGUUUUCGGUGUAAAACGUACGUUAAAACUGGAUUGCUGUUCUACGUCGAUGACGAGGGUUUUGGCGAGUAUUUAACUUUACAUCUCCAAGAUGGGUUUCUACUUCUGGAACUUAGCGAUGGAAGUGGGAAUACUUUCAAAGCUAAGUCUAAAGUUAUCAUAAAUGAUCUUCAAUGGCACGGAAUCGAAGUCGAGUUAGGCUCGCAUCAUGCUGUGUACAGACUGGAUAACACGACGCAGGCUGAAUUCAAUAUUACAAAAAUGCAAUUGAAAAGUAAUUUGUAUAUUGGUGGAUUUCCAAAUGAUAUCGACAUAUUCUCGUUGUCGCAGGACGAAAUGAUGUUCGCGCAACGGUUUCUAGGCUGCGUCGAGGACGUAGAGUUUUCUAGCAACGUUGGAAACGCCACACAAAAUCACACCGCAAACGUGCUACGGUCGGCUGGAAUGAAUUUUGAAUGCAAAGAUGCGUGUAGACCCAAGAGUCCUUGCAGAAAUGAUGGUGUUUGUCUCAAUAAGUUUGCAGUGGCUGAAUGUUUGUGUGCUGAAACGGGCUAUGGUGGAAAGAUUUGUGAAAAAGGUAUGGAUGUUAUGUGUUGAGUGAAGUGCAUGUAAUAAUAGUUCAAUUAAUUCGACGCCCCGCCUGUUGGUAAUAAAAUUCAGUGCUGAAUUUUAGCGCGGUCGCCCGUUCAUCUCAUAAAUAUAGUUCAUCUCAUUGAACAAAACAAAACUGAGAUAACUGAGAUAUGUAAAACAAAAAAAUGUAAUUAUGUAAUUAUUAUGGAGCAUUGAUUUGUCUUGUAAUCUUUGCAGUAGCCUGCAUAGCAGUCGGUUUUUUUUUGUUUUUUGUUGGGUUUUUUUUUGAGAGGGGGGGGAGGACUUUACGCAGGCUAUCUUUACAGUUACUUUCUUGCGCGAUAUAGACCUCUUCCGGAAGUACUUGUAGCUUUAUCUUGUUACUGAUAACCUAACUUUAUAAAGGUAUUUUGUAUUAUCUAAUGUAAGUGUAUGAUUUCGUAAAUAUGCCCACCUGUAAUAAGAUAAAGGACCGUAAACCCAAUAUCUCAAAUCACCAAAACGAGACUCUGUAGCCAAGGCUGACUACUUUCCGGAAAUUCUUUCUGUUGGAAUUAAUUCUUUAAAAGCCUCUGUGGAGGAGAGAGUGGUGACCCACUGCAUCUAAUACAACGACACGCAUGCGUGAUUCGAUGCAGUCUCGUAUCCAGAGCCAUCGGAUCGAGUGUGUAUGAGAUUGUACCUCCAGAGGAAUUAUUGCAACGGAGAGAUGUUGUUUCGUUCAGCUUCUGGAAGUUGCACAUUCUCAUUGGAUAUUGUGUAAACGUAGCCUAAGAUAUAUAGAUUCAGACUUGGUCGUGACAAGUCAUCUCUCUCACAGCCAAGGGGUGAAGUUUCUUGUAAGGGUUAUCACUUCUUCAUCCUGUAAACCUACACUACAACAAAAUUGAUACUGGAUAGCUCUAACGGUUCGAAACAGUUUUUCCUAGAGGUCCCGUAAAUGCCGUCUAGUCCAUCCAAUGUUUCUGCAAGGAAAUUAAGAACUGAGCUCACGUUAUUCAUACUAGAUAGUUCCAUGAACAUAACUACGAAUUUUGGAUUUUGUUUUACAGAAUCGCCUGUCGUUGGCAUUUCACCUGGCGGCCCUCGUGUUAUCUUCGACGUCCUUUCGUCGAAUGUCGCAGCUAGUUCGGAAACGACGUCAAUGUUCGUACGUGUUCGCUCGACCCAACAAGACGGAGUAUUUUUCUACACGGUCUACAACGGAGAUUACAUACUACUCGAACUGACCAAUGGCAGAAUAGCUGCUUCGGUGAACUUAGGCUCUGGAAGUGUCACCAUAGCAACGAAGAAAAACACGUACAACGACAACCAAUGGCAUCGCGUGAAAUUAGAACGCGUCAAGCGAUUGGUUAAUCUGACAGUUGAUAAUUCGGAUACCUCAAAAGGCAAAACUAAAGGUAGUUUUGAUAAAUUUCAUCUACCCAACAAAAAAACAAGUUUUGUUCUUGGCGGGUUGGUUGACGACAAGAAAACAAAAUUAAAAUCCCUAAGCAGAAAAAAUUUCACGGGUUGUCUGCAAGAACUUAUUUUUAAUGACUAUGACUUGUUUGGAGAAUUUGACAAAAGCGCUAAAGGAAUAGCAUCGCGGGGCAAAUUUUUGAAAACUUGCCCGAAAACGCCGACAAAACCACCAAAAGUUGUAACAACUUUCCCGACAAUUCAAACAACUGUUUCAGACCCAUAUAACACGAGUACGCCUCUUUUUGGUACUUCAAAAACAACGACAACGGAUCAAAAGUUACCUUGCAUUUUGGCGGGAAUUUCUUGUGAAGCUACGACCACUGGCGUUCCUACAUCGCAGACGCAUGUUGUGACGUCAUCACAAGUUAAAAGUGUAACCACGACUGACACCUCAAGUUCGACAAGUGGCAAACGCGUAACCAAUAACCAAUCAAGGACCAGUUCGAAAACACUUAUCCAAUCAACAAUUGGCCCAAAGUCUACAAAGAUUACUCAUGGCACUAAAACUGACGCUAUCAUUUCUGAAAAUUUCUCAAGUAACAAAGAUGUUCAAACGACAACAAGUCGACCGUUUUCAACGAACAACAAAGUGACCCAAGAUACAAGCAUGCCUCGUACAACUGGGGAAGUGAUAAUGGCGAAUCGAAAUGAGCGAAGCGAAGGCGACUUGACAAUUUAUUUUAUUAUCGCAGCAAUUGUCGGGUCAUUAGCAUUCCUGUUGGCUAUUUUGAUCAUCGUGAAAGUGAACUGGGCUAGCAAAAAGAAAUAUGCAGUCAAGGGGAAGAAGUAUGAGCGAGAUUAUUGGGCUGACACAGGUUCCUUUCAGAGGGCAGCUAAGGAGUCGAAGCCACUUGUAUGAUAACUAUAGGUGUAUGCACACACUGGGCCUGGGGUAUAUGAAAUUAUGGAAUUUUUCUCCUAUAAUUUCACGUUAUAUAUAAUAACCCUUUGGUACAUAAUAGUGAGGUUCAGAUUUGACUACCGGGACUAUCAACCAAUCACCCGCGUUCGAUAUAUACAAUUAACCAAUCAUACUGAGCCAGUGACGGUUGCUUUAGUGGAAGUUAAAUCUGAAUCUCUCUAAUGCCUCCUAAAGGCACUCGUGCAUGCAGGGGCGCCGGAGCCACGGGGGCAGCGGGGGCAACUGCCCCCACUGCCCAAACAGUGCGGGGGCAGCAUGGGGGCAAUAGGUUGCCCUUUUUACCGGAGCUGCACUUCGAAAUUUGUUCGUUAUUCACAGAAAUUGGAAUUUAUAACUAUUCUUAAGCAAUGUUUAAGCAAUCUUUGCUUUAUUUUUAACCAGUUGCAGUAAAAUUAAUGCUACAUCAAGCAAUAUACGUCCGUUUACUGAUUUUAUUUCGCACCAACAAAUAAAAUUGUUCAAAAUUAAGGUCGAGGUUUGCCGACCAUAAUAGCCACAAGUAAUCGAGUAUCCAUUCAGUAAAGUUUUAACAAGUAUUGCCGCUCAGAAAAAUGAAGUGCCCUUUUGAAAUGGCUGCCCCCUCCGCUUUACAUUGCUUCCGGCGCCCCUGACCGUGCAUGUUUUUUCCAAAUUGCACUCGAAACCAUACUAUUACUUACACUAACUAGGAAAAUGUUAACCAGAGGCCGGAUGUUCAAAAAUCGGUUAGCAAUUUCUCAAAGCAUUUCCAACAGGUUGUUCUUAAAAUGUUUUUCCAGAAAUCUUGUCUGGAUCAACAGAAAUUUUAUUUUCCAAAGUUUUGAAGUAGGCUGACAUUCAAAAACACUCAAAUUUUGGACGCUCUGUAAAUACAAUAUGUAGUGUUAUUAAAAUAAAGUAUAGUGCAGCAAAUAUACUAUUGGCUACUAUAA